GCUCAGGGUGUGCUCCAUGCCUGGCUGUUUCUUGCAAGAUCUCUCAAAUCCGUCUUCCCACUAUGUGAAGCAUUUCAAAAAGAAUAAAGAGGAACUGGCACAGAAGCUCUACUGCCUGUAUAAUAGUACCAUCUUUGAGCAGAAGUUGCCAGAGAAAAUGGUAAUAUUCUGGAGUAAGAAAAUGAGAAAAACAGCAGGAUAUUGUAUAACUGGGCAGACACAAGGUCCUGAAGCAAAGCGUUACGCUCGCAUCGGACUCUCUGAGAAAGUCUGUGACUCUGCAGAUCGUCUUCGAGACACGCUCGUUCACGAGCUCUGCCACGCUGCCACCUGGCUGAUCAACGGUGUUCGCAAUGGACACGGACCAGUCUGGAAGUUCUACGCCAAUAAAUCGUCUCUGAUUCACCCGGAACUGCCAGUGGUGACACGAUGCCACAACUAUGAGAUCAAUUACAAAUUCACCUACGAGUGUGUCCUGUGCAAAGCUACGAUCGGACGUCAUUCCAAGUCACUGGACACCGAGCACUUCGCCUGCGCGUUCUGCAGGGGGCAGCUGGUGCUGAGGCAGCCCACGCGGAAGGAUGGCACUCCUGCGAGGACCCACCCAACGCCCUUUGCGCAGUACGUGAAGGAAAACUACGGGCUUACCAGAAGAGAGCAGCACGGGCUGAGCCACGCCGAAGUCAUGCGGAAACUCAGCGCCGACUUUGCUUUGAAAACGAAGCUUCAAGAUUCGCCCUAA